GGAAGGUGGCUGCUGCCGUCAUGGCGGACGAAGAAGAGGACCCUCCUUUUGAAGAAGAUACUGAGGAGGCUGGAGGAGGCCCAGAUGGUGGACAGGGAAAAAGGAAGAGGCUGUACUCCAAGGAAUUAAGAUGUAUGAUGUAUGGAUUUGGAGAUGACCAGAAUCCUUACACAGAGUCAGUGGAUAUUCUUGAAGACUUGGUUAUAGAAUUCAUCACAGAAAUGACCCACAAAGCAAUGUCAAUUGGACGACAAGGUCGAGUACAGGUUGAAGAUAUUGUAUUCCUGAUCCGUAAAGACCCACGGAAGUUUGCUCGUGUGAAGGACUUGUUAACAAUGAAUGAAGAACUGAAACGGGCCAGAAAGGCAUUUGAUGAAGCAAACUAUGGAUCUUAAUGCCUCAUGUGAUGCAGAUC